AAUCGAUAGACGAGGCUUGAAGACGCCGCUCAUCGUGCGAUGCUCGCUGCUGCCGCUGCAGCUGCUGUGGGUUUCGGUGUCGGUGUCGUAUAGAGAGGAGGGAGUGUAGCUGCUGCUGCUGUGCGUGACGACAGCGAUGGUGCUGGGAGGACGCGCGAGGUUGCAGGCGGAGACGCCGUGAGCUGCCCGGGCGAUGAUGAUGGUGGUGGUGGUGAUGGUGGUGGAGGAGUGAUUCUGGUGCCGAGUGCAGGAGACGCCGGUCACUGGGAGGAGACAUUGGUCACUGGGAGACACUGGUUACUGGGAGGAGACACUGGUGACUUGGAGACUCGGCCACUUGGAGACACUGGUGGCUUGGAGGAGACACCGGCCACUGGGAGACACUGGUGACUGAGACACCGGUCACUGGGAGACACUGGUGACUUGGAGGAGACACCGGCCACUGGGAGACACCGGCUACUGAGACACCGGCCACUGAGACACCGGCCACUGGGAGACACUGGUGACUUGGAGGAGACACCGGCCACUGGGAGACACUGGCCACUGGGAGGAGACACCGGUGACUGGGAGACACCGGCCACUGAGACUCCGGUGACCCGCUGCGAGGAGGAGACGCUGCCUGCCUGCCCUACGAAGCAGUCCCAGGCGCCAGCUGCUGCUGCUGCUGCUGUAGCCGGUACAGCGAUGGCAGCGAGCGCAGGAGGAGGAGGAGGUGGAGGAGGAGGUGGACGUAGGAACAAGACGACGUCGAGGAAGAAGCACUUCGUGUCCCAGAAGAUGAAGCUCUUCCGAGCGAGUGACCCCCUAUUCAGCGUCCUCAUGUGGGGAGUCAACCACUCGAUCAACGAGCUGGCGCACGUGCCGGCGCGCGUCAUGCUGCUGCCCGACGACUUCAAGGCGCACACCAAGACCAAGGUGGACAACCACCUCUUCAACAAAGAGAACAUGCCCAGCCGCUUCAAGUUCAAGGAGUACUGCCCUGUGGUGUUCCGCAACCUUCGCGAGCGGUUUGGCGUCAGCGAGCAGGAGUACCUGGUCUCGCUGACGAGCCGCGCCCCGGUGAACAGCGACGCGCGGGGCCGCAGCGGCGCACGCGUCUUCACGACGUACGACCGCCGGUUCGUGGUGAAGACCAUCGUGGGGGAAGACGUGGCCGACAUGCACACGAUCCUCAUGAAAUACCACCAGUACGUGGUGGAGUGCCACGGGAACACGCUGCUGCCGCAGUUUCUCGGGAUGUACCGGCUGGGCGUGGACGGCGCCGACACCUACCUGGUGGUGACGCGCAACGUCUUCAGCCCCCACCUGAGCGUGCACUGCAAGUACGACCUCAAGGGCUGCACGCUGUCUCGAGAAGCCAGCGAGAAGGAAAAGGCCAAGGACCUUCCAACAUUCAAGGACAACGACUUCAUCAACGAGAAGAAGAAGAUUGUCAUCGGUGAGGAGGACAAGAAGGCAUUCCUGGAGAAGCUCAGGAGGGAUGUGGAGUUUCUGGUGCAGCUCAAGAUGAUGGGCUACAGCCUCCUGGUGGGCAUCUACGACGUGGAGGCGGGCGACGAGGACGAGGUGGACGACGAGGCGGACGAGGACUACGAGGACGACGACGAGGAGGAGGAGACCAAGGAGGCGGAGGCGGAGCAGGAGGAGGAGGAGCGGCGGCGCCGCGGUUGGCGCAAGGGGAGCAGGGUCGGCCGCGGUAGCGUGGACGCCGCCAACGGCACCGCGGCGCGCGGGGGAGCGGGGGGGGCCGCCUCGCCGGAGGCCGCCGCCGGUGGGGGGGGCGCCGUCGCCGGCUCUUCCGGCACCGCGGCCGCCGGCGCUGCCCCCUCGGGCACUGGCAGCAUCUACGCCAUCGUCGCACACGAGAGUGCCGGCCGCAAGGAAGUGUACUACAUGGGCAUCAUCGACAUCCUCACCCACUACGACGCCAAGAGGAAGGCGGCACACGCAGCCAAGACCGUCAAGAGCAGGGCUGGAGCCGUCUCCACCGUCAACCCGGAGCAGUACUCGAAGCGCUUCCUGGACUUCAUGGCCAGCAUCCUGGAGUGAGCAGCGGAGCGUCGGCGUUGCAGAGUGCCAAUAGCCCCCGGUGGGGUGGGGGGAGAAGAGGCUCGUGGUCUGCCUCUGGUGAUGAUGCUUGUGGAAGAAUGUUGAGACCUAGAAAUCGUGACGAGUGGGGGGAU